AAAUUUCGAUUGCGGCUAUCGCUACCCCGCCAUGGGUGAAUCCAGACAAGAAUUGCUGGCUUGGUUGAACAACCUGCUGCAGCUCAACAUUACCAAGAUCGAGCAGUGUGGAACCGGUGCUGCGCUAUGCCAGAUCUUCGACUCGAUAUUUAUGGACGUGCCCAUGUCUCGGGUUAAGUUCAACGUCAACACCGAAUACGCCUACCUUCAAAACUUCAAGGUUCUGCAAAACAUUUUCACCCGUCACACGGUCGAAAAGCCCAUUCCGGUUCAAUCCCUCACCAAGUGCCGCAUGCAGGAUAACCUGGAGUUCCUCCAAUGGACCAAGCGAUACUGGGACCAGCACUACCCCGGUGGUGAUUAUGAUGCCGUCGGCCGUCGCAAGGCUUCUGGUGCCCCCGGUGGUGCCCCCAUUGCCGCCGCGCGUGCCCCCUCAGCUGGCUCACGCCGCGGAGUUACCCCGACCUCUGCCGCCGUGCGUGGUCCUCGCGUUGCGAGCGCUGGUGCCGGUGCCGCUACCGCUGCACUGCAGCAAGAACUCGCGACGCAGAAGGAAGCUAUUGGUGGCCUCGAGAAGGAAAGAGACUUUUACUUUGCUAAGCUGCGCGAUAUUGAGCUGCUGCUCCAGAACGCCAUUGAGGCUGACCCGGAGCUGGAGAAGGAGGAGGAUACGUUGGUGAAACACAUCCAGGGCAUUCUGUAUUCGACCGAGGAUGGAUUCGAGAUCCCCGAGGCGGAAGAGGGUGUGGCUGAUGAGCUGGAGACCUUCUAA